CAUUUUCGCGAGUGGUUCGGUGCUCUAAGUGUCGGACUUAGUUUUUCAAUUGAUUAGCCACUUGUUGAGUCUGCAUAAGACACACGACCCAACAGCAAGACCUGCCAAACAAAACGUCAAGAAAGAUUCGUGGUUUUCAUAGCAAGGAGCAUCCUUUUCGUCAAUUUCGAUAGCGUAAAUGAUCGGAAGCUGGUAAAGGGUGAUGCAGGGCGCAAUGCCAGUGAAAACAAAGUCUCGUGUGCCGGAAACUAUGGGUGUCGCUGAUGGACUCGUAGAUGCUCGAGCUAAACAAGUAUUGAGAGAAGCAGUCGAUGCUGUGGUGAACAGUUUCGCUAAACAUACCCAGGGCUACGGGAGAGUGAACGUGGUUGAAGCACUGCAAGAAUUUUGGCAAAUGAAGCAAAGCAGGGGAACAGAGCUACGAAACGGAGCACUCGUCAUUUAUGAAUCUGUUCCUGGUGCAAGUCCACCUUACGUUUGCUACGUCACUCUUCCUGGAGGAUCGUGCUUUGGCAGUUUUCAAAAUUGCCCCACGAAAGCUGAAGCUCGCCGAUCAGCAGCAAAAAUUGCAUUGAUGAAUUCCGUUUUCAAUGAACAUCCGUCCCGGAAAAUUACUGAUGAUUUUAUCGAGAAAGCUGUUGCCGAGGCUAGAGCCAGUUUUGCAAAGCCUUCAGCAGCAAAUGGUGUCGGCAAUCAAAUUCAGGGAAAGGGAGACGUAAAGGAAGACCCUAAUACAGGAAUAGGUGCUUUCCGUUUCAUGCUGGAAUGUAAUCGUGGAAGGACGAUGCUGGAAUUUCAAGAACUAAUGACUGUCUUCCAACUUCUACACUGGAAUGGCUCUCUGAAAGCGAUGCGAGAAAGGCAGUGUAGCAGACAGGAAGUUGUCGCUCAUUAUAGUCACAGGGCUCUCGAUGACGAUAUGCGUAGUCAAAUGGCUCUAGAUUGGGUCGCGAGGGAACACGAAAGUGGCGGAGGCGUCGUCGCCAUGGAAUUGGCCCUGGCUGAAAGGGAGCUUGAAACUGCGCGAUUAGCUGGUCGCGAGCUCCGAUUUCCAAAGGAAAAGAAAGACAUUCUGAUGCUCGCCCAUGCCCAGGUUUGUCCUCAGUAACUUCCAGUUUCCGAAACUCUUUCAUCACAGAAGAAAUAUUUAGCUGAAGAAGCAAACGCAUUUAUCUACAUGGGUAGAAAAGAACUUGAUGUCUCAUCAAAAUCUGAGCUGACUCUGAAAAAUUAAGUGCCUAAAUUUUCAGUAAGUUUUCACCAUUUUGACCUGGUUAUACAAUAUUUUUUUACGAGAUUCAGAAAAAAUGCCGUGAAGAUAAAUUGAGGUUUGUCACAAUCAGUAGAUAUAUAAAAGACGAAUUUCUAUGUACCGGUUCAGCUUCUCAAAACGUGAUUAUACUUUCUUUCACUUUUAGAUUUAGGGUUUCUUAGAAACGAUGCCGCCCCGUUCAAGUCUCAUAUUCAACAUUUGAAUAGAUCUCUGACAAAUUUAGGAAUCAAAUUUAGGCAUGAUGUUACGAUAUGUUACGAUAUUUCUUAUCAAAAUCAAUUUCUUCACAAACGUAAUUUCACGUGUACAUAUAAUACGUGCAGUGCGCAUGAAUCUCAUGUCAUUAUUUCGUAAGUGUAUAGCAAUCAGAAUUCUGAAAAAAUUAAUGACAUAAAAUUGCGCUCUUUCACCUGAAAUUUAAAAAUAUUGUUGGCUUAUAAAUUCAAUUUAAGUUUUAUCAACUGAAAAACGGGAAUUUAAAAAUUUCUCGUCUUGACUUUUUAAAGCGAGAUUAGUUUAGCAAAGAAAUUAAAUUUUACAGAAGUCUGAUUGCCGGUUCGUGUGGAUUUUAACUAAGCGUAAUUAUAACUCUAUAUUUUAGAUGUAUGCUACAGUUGUGACUAUUGUCAUAUGUUGUGAUACAUGAUUAGUAUUUAUAUUAAUACUAUGAUCAUUAUUCAUUAAUUUAAAAUUAAUAACAAUUAAUGUUAUGUCUUCCAAAACAAAUAGAAUGAAAGUUUACGUUCGUGCGGAAUGCCGCCUAUAAAGUUUUCAAGUAGUAUUUGAAUCUUUAUCUGCUUCAAAAGAAAAAAUGACGUAUAAGUAAAGUACUUUUCUUUCGAAGAAGUUGAAAAGUUGACACAAAUAAAGUCAGUACAUGAGAUAUUCUGUAGAGAGUCCCUAGACCAUAGAAAUAAGGUUCUAUUUGAUUUCUAAUUUGCUGCAAUUGUAAACACCGUAAAAAAUCUGUUGUCGCAAAUAAUGCAUGUCAAAAAAGUGUCAACGCAAAAAAGCCAUGCCAAGGGAGUACUCGAGUGUAAUGCGGAACAGAUUUUGCAAGAUGUAGAAACAAAGGGACUCUAAUAUUAAAAUAUUAAAUACAGAAAUAUCUAAGGGAAAUAUUCAGUGCUACAGAGUUAAGUUUACAAUUUUAUGCAUUAAAAAACCAAGUCUAGAAAGUUUUCCAUAAAGUUAUUUUACUAGAGUUGAAUAAUGUGAGUUGCAGCCCUAGUGUUUAGUGAAAUUGCUUGCAUGAUCAAAAUCGGAGAGAGGACAAAUAUUUAGCUUGACUGCGAUUAAAUAGUACACAGUUUAUAACGAUGUUUAUGUUCAAUAUUAUUAUUAAUAAAAAUGUUUUACAGUAA